CCAAAAGAGCCACAAGUGAAAAAGAGAACAAGCGAAAAAGCAAAUUAACAUGACGCAACUGCUGAGCGAGACAGCAUCGUCCGUGACCGAGGCAGCCAGCUCCGUAGCCGCCAGUGAUCCCGCGCCACAGACCUACAGCUUCAUUUCCUCAAGCUCUGGCCUCCCGAUGUUCAACAGCAUCGCGCCAACUUCCUCGGAAUUCGGAUCAACUGCCAGCCUUCCGAUAUUCAACAGCAACGUGCAAACGCUGACCGAUGCGUCGACGUUGGCCACUACCCGGCCAUCAGCGAUUGAAAUUCUCAGUGGCAACGAAAGUGAGGAAGAGUUCGACGAGGAAAACCCCGAGUGGAGCAAGUGGAACUGCAACCAGAUUCGCACCAAGAUCCGCAACUUCUUGGGCACCAAGGAGAUGACCCAGACGGCCUUCCUCAAACUGUGCGACAUUAACUCCAACUCGUACUAUCGCUUCAUGAACCUUAAAGGCCCAUACAGUGGCUGUGACAACCAGACGUACGAAGGUGCAGCCAUCUUCUUUUACCGCCGUGAAAAGAAGGAGAAGACGGAGAAAGCCAAACUUAAAGCUUUGAAGCCACAAGACAGAAAGCGCAAAGCCACGGAGAAGAUUCAGGACGUGGAACUCCCUGAUAUGGACGAGGACGGCACUGUGGCCGUUUAUGACGAUUGCGACGAGAUCCGCAAGAAAAUCAACUUUUUCCUGGGGGAAAAGACGGUAACAAAAGCAGCUUUCAUGCGUGCACUCGGCGACAUCAACAGCAACAGUCUGCGCAGCUUCAUGAACUUGAAGCGCGGCGCUGGAUCGGGAGCGGCCAAUGUGGUGUACCGCACAGCCUACAUUUUCUUCGAGAAGAAACGCAUCUUGGAAGGUGGCAAGAAGACCAAGAAGCGUCUUGACAACGAGAAGAAGCAGGGACAUGUCGAGUCCAGCAACACGUCAACCAGGUUGUACGGGAUCCAUGGCAACUCCGGUUUCGUGCUCGAAAGUUGCGACUGGAGGCUGAACACCGACUUGGUGUUUCCUCCACGCAUAGUUGCGUCAUCUGGCAAAAGACCCUUUACCAAUUGCAAGCCUUCAAUCAACAGCCCGUGUUUCAGAUAA